GUAACUUCUUCAUCGCUUAGCGCAGCACAGCUUUCGUAAACAUGUUUCCGAUUUCAGGUUGACAUGGAGUUCAGUUGUUCAAAUAAUUUACGUUCCUAAAAUCCAGAUACAGUUCCACUGAACGUCAUCAGAUGGAGAAUCGCCAGAUGAACUGUAAGGAUAACAGCCGUUGCAGUCAGAUUUGUACAGAUUUCCUGAAGGUGGAGCCUGGUUCAAUUAGUGAGGCAUGUCCAGCAUUUUCUCGUGAUGGGGAUCAUAUCAUUGAUAUAAAAGUUGAGGAGGAUCCUGUGCUAAUAAAUUUCCCAGGAAUAAAGGCUGAACAUGAGGGCUGUACAAGUUUCCUGAAGAUCGAACCUGAUCCAGGUGGUCAGAAAUGUCCAGCAUAUUCUCAUGAUGGAAACCAGAUGACUGAUAUAAAAGCCGAGGAGGCCUCAGAUACUCAGGAGGAACAGGAUCCUCUGCUAAUAACGUCACCAGAAAUAAAGGCUGAAUAUGAGAAUACUCUGAAUGAACAUGAGUCCAUACAUAGUGCCAACCAUCCAUACUCCUGUGAUGAGUGGCAUAAGUCAUUCAGUAGGCAGAGUCAUCUGGAGAAACACCAGCACAUACAUGGUGGGGAACAUUCAUUUUCCUGUGAUCAGUGCAGUAAAUCAUUCAGGAGACGGAGUGGUCUGAAGACACAUCAACGCAUUCACAAUGGGGAGCGGCCAUUUUCAUGUAACAUAUGUUGUAAAUCAUUCAGGCAGCAGAGUCAUCUGAAGGUACAUCAACAUAUACAUGGCAGGGAGCGGCCAUUUCCCUGUGAUAUGUGUAAUAAGUCAUUCAGUCAAAGGAGUCAUCUGAAGACCCAUCAGCGCAUUCAUGUUGGGGAGCGUCCCUUUUCCUGUGACGUGUGUAGAAAGUCAUUCAGCCUUCAGAAUACUCUGAAGCAACAUCAACGCAUUCACAGUGGGGAGCGGCCAUUUUCAUGUAAUGUGUGUCAUAAGUCAUUCAGUCAGCACAGUUAUUUGAAGACACAUCACCGUGUUCAUAGUGGGGAGAGGCCAUUUUCCUGUGUUGUCUGUAAUAAGUCAUUCAGUCAGCAGAGUCAUCUGAAGAUACAUGAACGCAUUCAUGUAGGGGAGCGUCCAUUUGCCUGUGAUGUAUGUAAUAAAUCAUUUAGUAGAAGGGGUGAUCUGAAGAAACAUCACCGUGUACACAGCGGGGAGCAGCCGUUUUCAUGUGAUGUGUGUAGUAAGUCAUUCGGUCAGCAGAGUCAUCUGAAGACACAUCAGCACAUUCAUAUUGGUGAGCGUACAUUUCCGUGUGAUGUAUGUAAUAAAUCAUUCAGAACCCAGUGUGAUCUAAAGACACAUCAUUGUGUACACAAUGGGGAGCAGCCAUUUUCAUGUAAUAUGUGUAAUAAGUUAUUCAAAAGACAGCAUAAUCUGAAGGCUCAUCAUUGCCCACGUAGUGAAGAACAUUUAUAUUCCUAGUAUAUUUGUAAGAUAUCCUGUUGUCUGCAGAUGAGCCUUUUCAUACAUACUGCAGAACAUCUUUGGUCCUGCCACAUGUAAGAAUCUUCUCUGCUAUCAGAAUUGGAUUAGAUAUCAGUACAUGCAUAUCUGAGUGUGCAAGACAUUGUAAUGAAGUGAUGUGUACAGGCUGCUUUUUCAGACCUGGACUCUGGGUUAUAGCUGAGGGUAGGCAUGGCAGGAAGAAUCAGGGUAGUGAUUGUAGUUGCAUGGUGGGAUGCUGAAGCACAACCAAGUUUAGUAAUAACCCAUGCUCAUCGUGUAGUCUUUGUGGUUGUGGACUUGACAAAAUCUGAUGCACAUUCAGUUGAGUAUGGCCAUGAGUCCAGUUCCUUUUC